CACUAGUUUGGCAGUCGGGAGUCACACUUGUUUACACCCAGUUGUACCACUAGAGACACUAGACAAAGAGCAAAAACAUAAUAUUUAUGCAUAAUACUUGUAUAGACAAGGUAAGAUCUGUUGUGGACUCGUCUAACAACUUGAUGAUAUAAAUAAUGAGGCAGAGGUCUUUGCCUAUCAUUACCGUCUCAGACAUCUUCGUCUAACGUCGCUCACAUUAUGGCUUCUUAUAUAUUACCUGUUUGUUUAUUUAUCGCUGCUUUAACUAUUGUAGCUACGGCACCCGCUGAUCAAACACCAUUUGAUUGUCCCAAAAAUGAACGUUACAUCAAAUGCGACUUAGAGGUGUGCUUCAAGACGUGUGAUCAUCUGAAGCAUUUCCCUCCUUGUCCAUCCAUUGCUGCAGGAUGCUUUCAACCAGCUUGUCUCUGUAAAGAUGGUUACCUGAGAAAUUCUGAAGGAAAAUGUGUGCCCACUGAUCAGUGUAGUUAAAAUAAGCUGAUUGAUGGUCGAAUGAUUGCUGACUGACAGCUGAGAAAUAUAUAAUUUUC